AUGCCUGAUGAGUUCCUUGAUACGAUCCCACCCCCGCUCUGGCUCACUCUCUACCACCUAGUCACGCGCCUCCCUGACACUCUGCGCUCAGUCAGGGACCACUUCCUAGCUCGCUGCCCCACUGAGCUCACCAUUGCCCUCCUCGAGAAGGAACUCCUUGCAGCUGAGACUAGCAUAGUCGCUGUAGGUGCCUCUCGUGGCGACCCCCGUACCCCGUUCUUUGAGGGGUGUUCUCCUUCCCCCCUUCUUCCCUCUGUCGCCUCUGCUGCUGCUGUCGACCUCCUUGGUGCUGAGAAGGUCGGGACUGCGUCUGCUUCGAGCGGGCGCCGCAGCGGCAAGGGCAAAGGGGGCAAGGGCGGUGGCGGUGUUAGCGGGGGAGGCAGUGGUGGGGGAGGUGGUGGCGGUGGGGGUGGUGGCGCGACUGGAGGGACAGCUGGCAUCGGUAGGGGGGGGGGUGGCGGCAGCGUCGGGGGAGGUGGCCGGGGCGGAGGAGGUGGUGGGGGUGGCGGUGGACGCGGCGGCGGCAGGGGUUGGGGUGGUCGAGGAGGUGGUGGCGGCGGUGGUGGUCGUGGAGGCACUGGCGGUGGCCAGGGCCAGCAGCACACUCCGUCGCCCCAGGAGGUCCGUGAGUGGUACUCUCAGCAUGGGGGGGGGGGGGGGGGUGGCCUUAGCUGCACGUACGUCAUUCGCACUGGUGACCGCACUGGCCAGCCGUGUGGGGGACCGCACGCCACACAGCGUUGCUUUGCUCGUCUGAACGACGCUUGGCGUGUUCAGUUCCCUCAGGCCACUGAGCUGCCCCGCUGGAUUGAUUUCCUGAAGAGGGGGAUUGAUAUCUAUGCUUUAGACUUUGAUGCUAUUCUCACUGCUAUGUAUGUGAUGUCUACUAGUGGAGCGGGUGCUGAGUACCUGUGUGUCCCGCCCGACCCGAGCAUUAGGACUAGUGCGUCUGCCGCUUCAGUCGACUACAGCACUGCACUCCUUCACACUGGACUCAGGUGCCUCUCGCCGCUUCUUUCGUGA